GUUUUUGGGCGGGACCGACCUGACCUGGAAGUGACGCGCUCUCUCUCCGCUGUGUUUGGGUUGUGACAGGAGAGGAGAGCUUGUGUGUGUACUGCUGCCUCCGGGUGACACAGAUGGACCCGUCCUCCCAGUCCUACAUGCUUGCCAACAUCACCCACUUGCACUCAGAACAGCUUCUGCAGGGCCUGAACCUCCUCCGCCAGCACCACGAGCUCUGCGAUAUCGUCCUCCAGGUGGGUGAUGUCAAGAUCCACGCCCACAAAGUGGUGCUCGCCAGCAUCAGCCCGUACUUCAAAGCCAUGUUCACAGGAAACCUUUCGGAGAAAGAGAAUUCGCAGGUGGAGUUUCAGUGCCUCGACGAGGCCGCCCUCCAGGCCAUCAUAGAGUACGCCUACACCGGGACCGUCUUCAUCUCCCAGGAAACGGUGGAGUCCCUUCUUCCAGCCGCCAACCUCCUGCAGAUCAAGCUGGUGCUGAAGGAAUGCUGCGCGUUCUUGGAGAGCCAGCUGGACGUGGGCAACUGCAUCGGGAUCUCCCGCUUCGCCGAGACCUACGGCUGCCAUGAACUCUACCUAGCUGCCAACAAGUUCAUUUGCCAGAACUUUGAGGACGUGUGUCAGACGGAGGAGUUUUUCGAGCUGACAAACGCCGAGCUGCACGAGAUCGUCUCCAAUGACUGUUUGAAUGUGGUGAAUGAGGAAAGUGUGUUUUACGCCCUGGAGGCCUGGAUCAAGUACGACGUGCAGGAGCGCCAGAAGUUCCUCUCUCAGUUGUUGCACUGCGUCCGGCUGCCGCUGCUGAGCGUCAAAUUUCUCACCCGCCUCUACGAAGCAAAUCACCUUAUACGCGAUGACCACACGUGCAAACACUUGCUGAACGAAGCUCUGAAAUACCAUUUUAUGCCUGAACAUAGACUCUCCCACCAGACGGUGCUAAAGACGCAGCCGCGCUGUGCUCCCAAAGUGCUUUGCGCGGUGGGAGGGAAAGCUGGACUGUUUAAUUGCCUGGAAAGCAUGGAGAUGUAUUUUCCCCAGGACGAUUCGUGGAUAGGCCUGGCUCCUCUUGGGUCCCCCCGUUACGAAUUUGGACUGUGCACCCUGGACCAGAAAGUGUAUGUUGUCGGGGGCAUUGCCACUCACAUGAGACAGGGCAUCAAUUACAGGAAGCACGAGAGCUCCGUGGAGUGCUGGGACCCCGUGACCAACACAUGGACCUCGGUGGAGAGGAUGAACGAGUGCCGGAGCACCCUGGGGGCGGUGGUCUUGGCCGGAGAACUGUAUGCCUUAGGUGGAUACGACGGACAGUCCUGUUUACAGUCUGUGGAAAAAUAUAUACCGAAGGCGAAAGAAUGGCAGCCCGUCGCCCCCAUGAUUAAAACUAGAAGCUGCUUUGCAGGUGCCGUCCUAGAUGGUAUGAUCUAUGCUAUCGGGGGCUAUGGACCCGCGCACAUGAACAGUGUGGAACGCUACGACCCCGCUAAGGACUCCUGGGAGAUGGUGGCUUCAAUGGCCGAUAAGCGGAUUAAUUUCGGAGUGAGCGUCAUGCUGGGAUUUAUAUUUGUUGUGGGAGGACACAAUGGGGUGUCCCACUUAUCGAGCAUCGAGAGGUAUGACCCCCAUCAGAAUCAAUGGACGGUCUGCCGGCCGAUGACAGAGCCCAGGACAGGAGUUGGAGCGGCAGUGAUUGACAACUACCUCUAUGUGGUUGGGGGUCACUCAGGGUCCUCCUAUCUCAAUACUGUACAGAAAUAUGACCCAAUUUCGGACACGUGGCUGGACUCGGCCGGCAUGGCCUAUUCACGAUGUAACUUUGGUCUAACGGCCCUUUGAUGAACAUAAGCACAUUGUGUACCAAUAUACUCC